AUGCCUCGCAGACCUGAUGUCAGAAGCAGCUGUUGCUGCCCACUGCACUUGAAUGAGGACAAUGCUCGUUUUGGCCUGUUGGCGGCGCUCAUCCUGCUGUACCUGCUCUGUGGGGCGCUGGUGUUCUCCGCGCUGGAGCGUCCAUCCGAGCUGCAGGCGCACCAGCGCUGGGAGGAACAGCUUGCUAACUUCACCCAGCAGCACAGGCUGAGUGUGGAGAGCCUACAGGCUUUGCUGAGGCACUACGAGGAGGCCUUCGUCACGGGCAUCCGUGUGGACGCUCUGAGACCUCGCUGGGACUUCUCCGGGGCGUUCUACUUUGUCGGUACCGUAGUUUCCACAAUAGGUUUCGGCAUGACCACACCUGUGACGAUAGGCGGCAAAGUGUUUUUGAUAUUCUAUGGACUCAUUGGUUGUGCGGCGACCAUCCUGUUUUUCAACCUCUUCCUGGAGCGCAUCAUCACCAUGUUGGCGUACAUCAUGCGCUGGUGUCACGAGAGGCAGCUGCGGCGUGCUGGUGUGGGAGGAGAGGUGGCUCACAGCGAGGAUGACAGCCUGGAAGGAUGGAAGCCCUCCGUCUACUACGUGAUGCUCAUCCUGGGGGUUGCGGCGCUGCUGAUCGCCUGCUGCGCCUCAGCACUGUACUCGUCUAUGGAAGACUGGGCUUACUUUGACUCACUCUAUUUCUGCUUCGUGGCCUUCAGCACCAUUGGCUUCGGAGACUUAGUGAGCAGCCAGAGGGAGAGCUACAAGGCACAGGAGGCUUACCGACUCGGGAACUGUCUUUUUAUCCUCAUGGGUGUCUGCUGCAUCUACUCCCUUUUUAACGUCAUUUCCAUCAUCAUAAAGCAGACCCUAAACUGGAUCCUGGGUAAGCUGGACUGCAGCCGGUUGCACCAGCACCCCAUAACUGGAAACCCCCGGCAGAGGGCACAGAAGCGCAAUGCUGUACACCCAGCCCCUGCCAAUGAGGCUGCACGGAAGCAGCGCUUCACUAAUGCAUCAGUGGAAACAGUGUGCGAUAGUGAGACUGAUCCUGGCCUGGGGCCAGAUGGAGGUUAUCUCACAGGGCAUAGACUCUCAGGAGAAAUGAUCUCUGUCAACGACUUUAUGGCCAACAAGGUUUCUCUGGCCAUUCUGCAGAAGCAGCUCUCAGAGACCGCCCAUGGAAACCCAAGACAGAGUCAUGUUCGGCAGAACGGCUUUUCUGUCGGAGUGGGAGCCUUCGCCAUCAUGAAUAACCGCCUACAAGAGACGAGUGUCGACAGGUAG